AUGGCAAACGAACAAGACAAACUAAAUAUCGACGGAAUAAUUCAACGAUUACUUGAAUUUCGCGGAACUAGACCUAAUAAAAAUGUUCAUUUAAAUGAAAAUGAAGUGCGCGGGUUAUGUUUGAAAUCGCGCGAAAUAUUUCUUAGUCAACCAAUCCUACUUGAACUUGAAGCACCACUUAAAAUAUGCGGCGAUAUUCAUGGUCAAUAUUAUGAUCUGCUUCGUUUAUUUGAAUAUGGGGGAUUUCCUCCAGAAUCGAACUAUUUAUUUCUUGGUGAUUAUGUUGACCGUGGAAAACAAUCACUUGAAACAAUAUGUCUCUUAUUAGCUUAUAAAAUAAAAUAUCCUGAAAAUUUUUUCCUUCUUCGUGGUAAUCAUGAAUGUGCAUCUAUUAAUCGUAUAUAUGGAUUUUAUGAUGAAUGUAAAAGAAGAUAUAACAUAAAAUUAUGGAAAACAUUUACUGAUUGUUUUAAUUGUCUUCCUGUGGCUGCGAUUAUUGAUGAAAAAAUUUUUUGUUGUCAUGGCGGCUUAAGUCCAGAUUUACAAUCUAUGGAACAAAUACGACGAAUAAUGAGACCCACUGAUGUACCUGAUCAAGGUUUACUUUGUGAUUUAUUAUGGUCUGAUCCUGAUAAAGAAGUAAAUGGUUGGGGUGAAAAUGAUCGUGGAGUAUCGUUUACAUUUGGAGCAGAAAUUGUUUCAAAAUUUUUACAUAAACAUGACCUAGAUCUUAUAUGUCGUGCACAUCAGGUUGUCGAAGAUGGUUAUGAAUUUUUCGCUAAACGUCAAUUAGUUACAUUAUUUUCAGCACCAAAUUAUUGUGGUGAAUUCGAUAAUGCCGGAGCCAUGAUGUCCGUCGAUGAAACGCUUAUGUGUAGUUUUCAAAUUUUGAAACCAUCCGAAAAGAAAACCAAAACACCUAUGCCUAAUAGUCGUCCAGUCACACCUCCACGAGGCGGUGGAAAUGCUAGUGGCAAAGAUGCCUUAUUAAAAGAUGGGAAAAAACCUAUGUAA